AUGAAAAAAAUUAAAAAAGUAGGAAAAGGAGCCACCGCCACCAUCUAUUUGUUGGCUGAUCAUCGUCCAUUUUCGACGUUUCUACCAUCUUCCUUUUUAUGGAAAAGAUCCAAACCUACCAAUGCUGUCUUGGCGGUGAAAAGAUUUCAUCCCCCUCAACAUGAAUCCAAUACUUUAUUUGGUCAACGUUUAUAUAAGGAAUUCAAAUUAACACAAUUAUCAUCCCAUCAUCAUGUUGUCACUGUGUUUGAACUAUUAAAAGAUCGACGAGGUCGAUGGUGUAUCAUCAUGGAAUAUUGCCAUGGAGGAGAUGUAUUGACGAUAUUACAACAAAUAUCAUUGACCAAUGAUGCUAUGGAUUGUAUAUUUAAACAAUUAUUACGUGGAAUGGCUCAUCUUCAUAGUCUUGGAAUAGCUCAUCGUGACAUCAAACCCGAUAAUUUAUUGAUGACCAGACAAGGAAUAUUAAAGAUCACGGAUUUUGGAGUGGCACAUCAAAUCAUAAAAAAGGAAAAAGAAGUAGUGGUCUGUCAAGGAUUAUGUGGAUCGAUGCCAUAUUGGCCACCAGAAUUAUUUACUUCGGUUGAAUAUUAUGAUGGAUUGGCAAUGGAUGUAUGGAGUGCUGCCAUCACUUUUUAUUGUUUACUUUAUACACAGAUCCCUUUUUUACAGGCAACCACACAAGAUCCUCAUUAUGCGUCUUUUCUUCAUCAACACUCAUCAUUCAACUCGUGGUCGGCUCUAAAUCGAUGUGAUCCUUCUCUUCAACAUUGUAUAUUGUCCAUGCUUGAUCCGGAUCCUAAUCUACGUUGGUCCAUUCCACAAUGUCUAGAUUCCCCUUGGAUCCAAAACAUUCAUACUUGUUAUGAUCAUCCUACUGCCCUUGUGCAUCAUCAUCAUUUUACAUGA